ACAACGUGCCCCACCCCUAUUUUGCAAUUGCUGCAAGCAAGAAAGAUGAGGACAUUGUCUCUGUUGCUCUUUGUGUGUGUGGUCCUUGCACUAAACACGCUUCAGUGUCACGCUAGAAGAAGAAAUCUCACAGAGAUUACCUAUCGGUUUACCAACUGCGGAUCAUCAAACCACGAUGGCCCCAGGGUAAACGCUGAGUGUGGUCGUUUGUAUGAACAGAUAAACUCGCCAAUCAUAACUAAUCAAAGAUUGUUUCAAUUUGAGCGGCAGGAUGGUCAGUACGAUGGAGGACAGGGAUUUCGCUUACCAAGAAAUGACCUCUACAACAUCACCAUUGCUGGAGCCAGAGGGGGUGAGGGUUUGUGCAAUUUCGAGUAUGGAUUGGGUGGAGUGGUUCGUAUGCAAGUUGAACUGACUACUGACUACGAGUACCUUAUCUUGGUGGGACACAGAGGAACCAGUGUGUGUGAUGUACCCGAUAAUACAGACAAUCCAAUAUGCCAACAACCAAGACCAAGAAAUGUCACAGAAGCGGAGGCUUGUGAAGUUGAUUGGAAAAAUUUCGUCAAUGAAACGCUUAACGUAGAACAUUUCAAUGGUGGUGGUGGUGGAGGUGGUGCUAGUAUGAUUUGGCCGAGGAGAAAAAACGAUUCAGAAUUCACUAAUUUUCCGAUUGCAAUAGCGCCAGGUGGUGGAGGGGCCUCAACUGUUCUGGACUAUGAAGCACUACAACUUAUACUUUCAAGUAUCUCUUUAAAUUAUCCUAGCAGUGGUACCAAGGAGGAGAUCUAUAGGUUUCAUGUGAAUACGCACUUCAUUCAGUACGGCUUAGACUGGGCAGAAGGAGGCCGAGGCUAUAAGCCUAGACCACCUAAUGAAUUCGUAGUACUUAUUAUAUCUGGAUCAGGUGGAGGCUGGAAUCCAGUGGUCGGAUUUCCUUUGUUAGAAGUUGAUGGAAAACUGUUGAGCCAACCAAACAACUUCGCACAAGGUGGCUUUGAUUGUUCAUCAGGUGUUCCAAGUGAAUCUCGUGUGUUUACUGGUGUAUACGGUGGCUAUGGUGGUGGCGGAGGUGGGUGUGGCUCCGGGGGAGCGGGAGGAGGCUACACAGGAGGACACAUUUUUGGGAAUACAAAUACCAUACCAGGAGGCGGUGGCGAUGUUGGUGUAUUCAAUCUCACCGAGUUACCUCUUGUAAGAAUGCUGGGAAGGAAUAACAAUGAUGGUGAUGGAUACGUUGAGAUAGUGUCCUCCAACUGUGAGUGUGCUGGACAGUGUGUGGUGUACCCUGAGGAGAAGCAGUUUGAGUGCUGGUGUCCGAAUGAUGCUCUCCUCGCUGGGGACGGAAGCAAUUGUUACAAAGAGAGAAGUGUUUUUGUCAACGAACAAGAACCUAUCACAGUCACCAGCAAUGGGGAAACAGUAUUUCUCACUGGCCUACAAUUCAAUGGCUCUCUCAAUAUCUUUGGUCUAGACGUGACCCUAACGGUGAACCCCAUAUCAGAUGGUAACAGUGUUGCUAUGGAGGACGUUGCUUGCGCUGUGGUGUUUGUGGGUAGAAACUCUCAAAGUGUUGUAGCGUCUAAUCCAGUCAGAGUUGAUGGUUCUGGGCGAUCAUACAAAAUAUCAAUACUAGAAGAAAUCGACAAUGGAACGAAUGGAGUGAAGCCUAGCCCAGACUAUGUCACUUUCCUUCCAGACCCGAUUCUGGUACGCGGUGCUGUACUGGUCUCUAAUGGGCAAUGCUCACUGUCAAGUCCUCUACAAGUCAACAUCAGCUCUGAGAGUGGCAUACCUCCAAUCAAUGACUUCGGAAACUUUGAAAAUGAUUUUGUCAUUAACUCGGCAAGGUUUAUUCUUGCUGCUGAGGAAGCGCCCACUACGACCAGUACACCUCCCGAGCCUGCUCAGGGUGCUGUUAACAUUGGACUGGUAUUAGGGCUUGUGAUUGCUGGUAUGUUGCUAACUGCACUGGUCGGCAUUGUCAUUGUCGUGGUCUACAUUAGAUACUCUCCAACGAAACGAAGGACUGUGAUAAUUUCUUCAACGAGGGAGUCCGGUUCAAAUCUCAUCGAUCCAACUACUGCUACAGAGACUACUUUCAGUGCUGGCUACGAAAAAGUCAAGGACGGUGAAGUUGAAGCCAAAAUAGACAAGGACACUGGAAAUGAGUACAGUUACGUCACGGUGAAAGGAGGUGGAGCUUCUAUUAACCCUUAUGCCACCCUUACAUCAGACGGCAUGGCGUACGAGACUCCUGUGAGUCUCACAGGUGACGGUUUCAAGCCUAGAUACGGCAUCAUUGCUCCUGCCAUCGACUUCACCAUGUACAACAAGGAGAGAUCUAGCUCUACUAUCAAUAAUUGGGACUAUCCUCGCAAUAACCUCGUGUAUUUGAGAGAACUUGGAGAGGGACAGUUUGGAAAAGUUCUACUAAUGAAAGCAACGGACAUAGCUGGCUACACUGGUAAGAUUCCAGUGGCUGUGAAGACACUCACCAGUAGAGACCCGGAGGUGAUAAAGAAGUUCAUGGAGGAAGCCGACCUCAUGAAGAAGUUCUCUCACCCAAAUAUUGUCAGCUUGCUCGGUAUCAGUAUUGCUGAAUCAGAUGGUGAGAUUGACGAGGACAGUGCUCCCUUAAUGAUCCUAGAGUACAUGCCGUACGGUGAUCUACAAUCGUUCCUCACAACUCACAAACCUGACGAUGAAACACAACAAACAUCAAUCAGUCAGCAACACUUUUUGAAUUUCUCAAUUGAUAUGGCGAGAGCUUUGGAUUUCUUAGCGAUUAACAAAUACGUCCACAGAGAUGUAGCUGCAAGGAAUUGUCUAGUUAGUCCCGACCUCCACAUCAAGAUAGCCGACUUUGGUCUCUCCAGGGGUGUAUAUGACAAGGACUACUACAAGAUAGCUGGCAAGGCAGUGUUGCCUGUGAGGUGGAUGGCUCCCGAAUCCCUCCUGUUUGGAAUCUUCUCAACAGCAUCCGAUGUAUGGUCUUAUGGUGUCACCAUCUGGGAGAUCACUAGCUAUGGAGAGACACCUCUGGAGGAGAUGGAAGUUCAAGAAAUUGUAACGGCUGCUCAAAAUAUAUCUCUGGAGCAUUCGAGGCCACAAUAUUGCAGUGAUGAGCUGUAUGAGCUGAUGUGUAAUUGUCAUCGACAUGAUGCUAAGGACAGGCCAUCUUUUGAAGACAUUCUCACACUGCUGGUGAAGAAAGACUGACCUCUUCUUACAUGUACUUUUCAAGGAACACUAAAAUUGACUACAUUUUUUUCACAAUUAUUAUUAGUAUUUUUAUUCAGCACUUUAUAAUUUAGUAACGUAAGCUUAUAGCGGGUAAUUUUCGUUGGUGCAAAUUUUGUAUAAACUGCCCAUUCAAAUAAUUAUUUCGUAUUCGUA